GCGGGGCCAUCUCUUCCCGCUUCCGGUUCCGGUCUCCUGGGUUUCCCCCUCCUGUCCCUUCCUCGGUCGGCCCCGCAGCUUCCUCUCCGUGUGGGGUGGGCUUUCCUUCCAUGGAACCUGUGUCGAAAGCGAUGGCUCAAUUUCGUUUGGCCCUCAUCCAGCUUCGUGUGUCUUCUGUCAAGUCAGAUAACCUGAAUCGAGCUGGUGAGUUUAUCAAGGAGGCAGCAAGCCAAGGAGCCAAAAUUAUAGCUCUUCCUGAAUGCUUUAAUUCUCCCUAUGGCACAAACUACUUUCCUGAAUAUGCAGAGACAAUCCCUGGCGAAUCGACAAAACGGCUUUCGGAUUUAGCCAAGGAAUACCAAGUUUAUCUUGUUGGAGGUUCUAUUCCCGAAGAAGAUGGAGGCAAAUUUUACAAUACCUGUACUGUAUUUGGUCCUGAUGGAACUCUCCUGACAAAGCACAGAAAGCUUCACUUGUUUGACAUUGAUGUUCCUGGAAGGAUUCGAUUCCAAGAAUCAGAAACGUUGAGUGCUGGUGACAGUUUCUCCAUGUUUGAAACCCCUUACUGCAAAGUGGGCGUGGGGAUUUGCUAUGACAUUCGCUUCGCUGAACUUGCACAAGUCUACUCUCAGAGAGGUUGCCAGCUGCUGGUGUACCCUGGUGCUUUUAAUUUGACCACUGGACCAGCACAUUGGGAGCUGCUUCAGCGAGGCCGUGCUGUAGACAACCAACUAUUUGUGGCUACCGCCUCCCCUGCCAGGGAUGUAGAUGCCCCAUAUGUGGCCUGGGGACAUAAAAAUGCACUUACUAAAUUAAGUCCUUUUUUCUGUAAUGGCUCCUUUUGCAGGGGAGAAAUCCUGCCCAAGCUGGCAUUGAAGGAAUCCAUUGUGUAUGCAAAUAUAGACCUGAAGAAGUUGGUUGAAGUUCGCCAACAAAUCCCUGUUCUCACUCAGAAGAGGGGAGAUCUCUAUGCUGUGGAGUGGAAAAAGCCCUGAGGGGCCAGUGUUGCUGAUGAGGAGGGGCUUCCGUGUCUGGAUCUUUGAAUUCUUAUAUGGAUCUCCCUGUUUUUUAAUUAAUAUUAAAUUAAUAUUGCCUAUCGCUGAGAUGAUAGACCAACAUGGAGUUUUUACAGAACAUUUUUAUUAGUAGUCUUUAAUUAGACAUUGGUUUGUAAUGGAAGGAAAACCAAUAUUUGCCAUGAAGACAUGCUGACCAGGCGAAGUAGUUAGCUGAAUGAAGUGUUAAAGCCUGGUUAAGUACAAAAUUCACAUAAAACCAAGGUGUCUAUGGGCACUAAGGUGAUCACCCCAUUUUAUGGAGUUGGGAGGUUCUUUGUAGAGAAAACUUUUGUUAUAUUGCUUUUCCCCAGAAGUGCCUAAGAUUUCAGACCUGGCCAAUAUGUUGAAUUGUUUCACUUGAUUAUACUUGUAUGUUAAAAGGGAGAGUUUAUUUUGCAGUGGGGGUUGGAUAUUGAGUUACUUCUAGUGAUAAGAGAUAGGAAAAGAGGAAGACUAUACAUUAAAAUACAUUAAAAACAGGAAAAAAAAUAAGUUCAGUUUUCUUAUGGGUAAAUUUAAUGUUUUUGUUGAACUACAAAAGGUUCUUCUUUGUAUCUUUAAAUGUUUGUUACAUUUAAAUGCUAAGCACAAAAUGAAAAAAAGGUUUUAAAGGUGGCUAACAUUAAAUUUCCAUUAAAAUUAAUAAUGGGGCUUCGUCCCUGCCCCUCA